AAAUAAAACGGAGUGAAAAAAAGAUAAAAAAAAGAGUGAGAGAGAGAGAGAGAGAACGAGCGUCACGACGUCACGACACGGCUUUUCGAACCUUUCUCACGAAACCGAUAACGAAUGUCACGAAAGUGACGGCAACGUAAGCUGAAACGAGCAUGUCGGCGUGAAAAACACUUUCGCAUCACUUUCGUCACAGAGAGCCGCUCAUUCUCGCGAUGCAUCGGCGCGGUGGCACGACGGAGACGUCGACGACAACGUUGACGGAAUUCGAGGAAAGCGUGUCCUUCGACGCGGAUGAUCCGGAUUUCGCGCCGUCCACGCCGAACGCCGUGCGGAACGUUCUUCUGUGCGACGCGGCUCGUCGACGCCUCGCGGACGUCAGGCUUGACGUCGGCAAAGAUUACGAUGUUGAAAACUCCGCUGUUGCGCAUCGUGUGUCGUACCCACUUACCAGUGCAACAUGUCGGUCACUUCUGUGCAAUCAGCCACGACGGAGAGCCUCUCCCGCCACGGGAGCAACAUCUCGUUAUCCCGUCACAGUUUGUGCGGGAGCGUGGACGACGAUCUGCAGGGUUCACAUCCCCAGUACCAGGACACGAUCCUCACGAUCGAGGAGCUGCGCGCCCAGCUCAACUCCUGCUUUACAUGCGGGGUGUCGUGGAGCGAGGAGCACGUCUCUCUGGACUGCAGCGAGUGCGGUGGCUACUCCCUGCAACGGCCGUGCCCGCUCUGCGACGGACGUUGCCACACCGCGUGGAAGCGCGACCUCACCAUGUCUCAUGCAAGCGGUAAGGCGAGAUGGAUCGGUGAAUGCGGUCUGAGCUGCGGACCUUCCCUGGAGGAAUCGCUGGUGCCCGCGUUGGAGAAGCUUCGAGCCACCUCGUGAACGGCGUGGCUAAGCACCAAAAAAUAAGCACAAGACUUAAAUCCAUCACCAUCCAUCUAGCGUCACCCACCACCAUCGCGUGCGAGACCCAAGAGAGAACGAAGGAGAGAAAGAAACGUGUGAAUGUGGACCGCGGAUGAUAUGCAUUAUGUUCCUGAGGAGGGCGGCUGACAAAGGAAGGAAAGACUUGUUUCGAGCCCUCGAGGCUUCUUUCCCGCAAAUACAAAGCCGUACCCAGAAUCGUCCCUGACAUCAAGGACCACCGUCGUCGUCAUUAUCGACUUUCAGGCGAAAGUACAAAGCUACGCGAUUGACGUCCGAAUUCUACGAAGAAUUUUUACGUUGCACUGAACAAUUGAUUCUACAUACGUUGCAGUGAACUAAGUUUUGAAUACUGUUCGUACCGAGAACGAAUUCCAAUUUAUGUUCGGAGGAUUUUACGCCGAUUCACCGUGUCGAGAGGUUAAUUUCGAUUCCUUCUUCACCGAUGUAUGAUCAGAGAAUUAAUAUCACACUAACAAUUUCUGUCAGGAAACAGAAUUUGAUUUUCUUUCCAAAUGAAUUCUUGUCGCUGCUGAUAUGAAUUUGUAUUAUUGCUACGAAAAACGAUUCUUUGCAAAGUUAAUAAGAAAAAUAGAUAAUUUGCCAAAGAGAAAUUCUCUGUUCCAGAAUACAUCGACGUAUUCAUGAAAUAGAUUUGAUUGUUCUUUGGAAUAUUUUUUAGUUUCUAGAUAUUGUUAAAGUUUAAAAUAGAAAUUUAUAAUACCAAACAAAGCGCAAGAAAUGUAAGAAUGAAUCGGUAGUAUACUCUGACAAUUUCCAUUUUUCAAUUUAUUCGGCCUCUAUCUAAAAUUAUUUCGUUUUACGUAUAAAAUUCAAGAUGCGAAAUUUCUCAAAUUAUUUUAUACGAAAAAAAAAUUAAGAGCGUAAUCUCAGAGUUCAUGUGAACACGAACGAAGCAUUUUGCUUUUAGACUGAUUGGCAUUGUACGAAUUAUAUUUCGGAACUACAACAGCCGAUGUUUUCGCACAGACUAACUUUGAUAAUCGUGAUUUUGAAAUAUUUUUAUACCAUUUGAUUUGGUCAUCGUUGUCAACAAUUUGUCUUAAUUUAUUUGUCACUCGCAUAUUUAUAACAAAAUUCCAUGCUUCAAUGCAAUUUCUGUUUCAUACACUUGAAUCGGUCAGUAGAGAACAACAUAAAGUUCAUAAUUUUCCUAAAUUGAAACAGCCAAAAAAGUUUUUUUACGAAAGUAGACAUUCUAAAUAUCUUUAUAUUGUUUAUGCAAAUAAUAUAAUAACGUCCUUAUUGUCACAUAAUUGUCAUUUAAAGGCAAUUUUAUAUAUAUAUAUAUAUAUCUUUACGUGUUUUGCAAACAGCGUUACGCAUCCAUUCUGAAACAAUUUUAAUUUCUAAGUUUAAAGUGUUCAGAAAACGAUCGAUUCAUUUGUAAAAAAUUCGAUUUUUUUUAAAUCGUGAAUUGCUUAUUAUGAUUAUUAUUUUUCCGAAGUGCGUAGCUUAGAUCUUCGGUCGUUCCUACAAUAUAACAUUGCGAGAGUAGCCCAAUCUUCAUCUUUACUUUUUUACGUAACGGACGUACUCGGCCUCUCUGUCGCGCAAAGAAGCGCGAGUGUGCAUUACGCAAAUCCUAGGAUAAUUAUUAGGCGCCAAUUAAUCGAUCGAGCGAUCUGACGGCGAGAAGCCCAUUAAUGGGCCUUUCGCACUAGAGCACGACGUAUCGAUUUCGUAGUAAAUAAUUAUUCGGUAUACCUCGCUUUCAUUUGUCAACUGUAUCAUUGGCGAAAUAAUUCCGAGCUUGCUGACUGUAUACGAUAAAAAUUUAGUCAAAGUUUUGCCUCUCUAGCGAGGAUUUAGUGUUAACGUGACGUGAUUCAAUCGUCAUAGUCCUAAGGAUCGAUAGGCAGUCGGCGUGUUACGAAUUCGAAAAGAAUUAUUUUUACAAAUAGAAAUUAGAAAGUUGAUCGCGCUGCUUUGAAGCAAUUUUAACUUUCUAAUUUUAUUGUAUGGUUAAAAUUAUUACGGCAAGAAAAAAAAUUUAAUAGAAAUACACAGUUGUACUAUCCGUUCUCGUACUGUGACGAAAAAUUUAUGCGAAUCUCCUUGGGUCUAUGAAAGUUUAAGAAGAGCCGGUUGUAUUUAUAGCGUUUCUUGACAAAGAUACGUCUUGCUCGUUUUAAAUCGUCCGCUUUCCUGCUGAGCUUUUCUGCCAAGUGAUUGGAGGAAUAGCUCUACCCCAAGUGCGUGAGAACGUCUCGCGCGGUUCAGCAAUUGUGUACUCGACACAAAGAGUCACGAGUGUCAAAAACAGAGAUCUCAUUCUUAAAAAAAGAAUAUCUGGAGAAUCAAAUUAAAGUUAUACAAUUUUGUAAUCGUGUAAUACAAAAUGAUAUUUUUACUUUAACGGUGCAGAAUGCAGAUUUAUUUAAAUAUAUUUAUAAUUUAUAUGUGCAAAUAUGAUGCUGUUAUAUUUUAUUAUUGUUAUUAUGGCGCUCGCAGGAUUUUUUGUGUCGAGUCAAUUUUGGAAAGCAUUUACGUCGUGCCAAUGACUUUUUCGGAUUUUUAUUGUUUUAUAAGAGUCCCGCGUACUGAAGCCUUUCUUAGCGAAAUAUAGGAACAAAAGGAUGUUUUCGGACGUUUUACCGAUUUUCCUCGGUAGCGUAUACUACAUAUAUUGCGAGUGCGAAUAUACAUGCUCAUCAAAACACAUUCUCAUUUAUUAAAUUAAAACCGUAAUGUGUAAAAAAUUGUCUGGAGUAUUAGCUCGCGGUGAGCUUUAGUUUAAUGCUUUAGAAAAAGUCCUCGGUAGUAGUUUUUAUUUAAUCUGCGAACUUCUUAUUUAUGACAAAUACUGCAAAAGUAUGGGUUUAAUAAAUACUUGCAAAAAA